UCCAUAUGUUACAAAGUUUGUGAUUUCAUUUCAUUCAUCUCAAUUUGUCGCAUUUCCUUUGAUUUAUUUAUUAUUUUCACAAUUUUUUAAGAAAUAAUGCCUCUUGAUGUGCAGGGCACAUUUGUUUCUCAAAAAAUCAACAAAAUCCGGUGGAUUCCUGAAGAAUAUAUAGAAGCUAAUUGUUUUUUUACCGGCAGUUGGGACGAUGAUGUAAAUUCAAUAAAAGUUUGGACUUUGGAGAGCAAUCAAGAAGAAGAGGACAUUGAAUAUCCUAGACCACUGUCUGAAUUUAUCGUAGAUGGUGAUGUAACAGAAAUACAGUUCGUUGAUAGUACUAAGAUAGCAGUUUCAACAUCGAAUGGAGACGUCAAGUUACUAGAAAUUAGUGUGUAUGAUAAAAAGUCGCCUUUGCGGGAAAUCCAUUCAUGGAAAAAUCUUCACAAUUUUGGGUUAGAUCAGUGUUCCUGUACAUCUCUUCAUAUUCUUGAUGGUGAUAUUGCAACAAUAGGGGAAGAUGGAAAUGUUAAUAUUCUAAACAGCAGGCGCGGAGAAAUUUCUUAUAGAAUAGUAGGAGCUGAUAGCUGUUCAUUGCAUUCCGUAUGCUUUAUCAAACAUACUGAAGUCAUUACUGGAAACUUAAGGGGGCAUAUGAAGAUAUGGGAUUUAAGAACUAAUAUUAACAAACCAGCAGCAUCAUUCCUCUUAGCUGGUGAUGAAAUGGCCGCUACUUGUAUCUUGAAUCAUCCCACUCAGCCACAUAUAAUUCUUGCUGGAAGUGAAUCUGGAUCAUUGGCUGUUUGGGAUUUACGUGUUAACUCAUUCCCUACUACACUACUUAAUGCACACUCUGCUGGUGUGACAGAAAUGCAAUUUCAUCCUGAAAACCCACACAAGCUGUUCACUUCUUCAGUGUCAGGUGAAAUAUGGGACUGGAAUAUGGAAGGAAUGACAAAGAGUACACAAGGGCCAGACAACCAGAUAACUACCUGGCUGCCACUUGAGGAGAAAAACGCCAUGAUGGUCAAUUCUCUCAUGCCACCUUUGCAUAAACCCAUAAACACAUUACACUGUGAUAAAGGGAAAAUUAUCUGUGGUACCGACAAUGAAGCUGUCUAUCUCAUAAAGAAUUUCAAGUAUUAAUAACAUUUAUGUAUUAGGUUUAAGCCUCAUACAGUGUUGAAUUAAAAAGAAUUGUUUUCUAAAUAAUAAACAUUUUAUUUGAUAAUUGAAGUAAAU